CUGUUGGAACUGGUUAAAGCUGAUUAGAGCUAGUUAGAGCCGAUUAGAGCUAGUUAGAGCCUGUUGGAACUGGUUAGAGCUGAUUAGAGCUAGUUAGAGCCGAUUAGAGCUAGUUAGAGCCUGUUGGAACUGGUUAAAGCUGAUAAAAGCUAGUUAGAGCCGAUUAGAGCUAGUUAGAGCCGGUUGGAACUGGUUAAAGCUGAUUAGAGCUAGUUAGAGUUGAUUAGAGCUGAUUAGAACUAGUUAGAGCCUGUUGGAACUGGUUAGAGCCGAUUAGAGCUGAUUAGAGCUAGUUAGAGCCGAUUAGAGCUAGUUAGAGCCUGUUGGAAAUGGUUAAAGCUGAUUAGAGCUAGUUAGAGCCGAUUAGAGCUAGUUAGAGCCUGUUGGAACUGGUUAGAGCUGAUUAGAGCUAGUUAGAGCCGAUUAGAGCUAGUUAGAGCCUGUUGGAACUGGUUAAAGCUGAUUAGAGAUAGUUAGAGCCGAUUAGAGCUAGUUAGAGCCGGUUGGAACUGGUUAGAGCUAGUUAGAGCCGAUUAGAGCUAGUUAGAGCCAAUUAGAGCUAGUUAGAGCCGGUUGGAACUGGUUAGAGCCGAUUAGAGCUGAUUAGAGCUAGUUAGAGCCGAUUAGAGCUAGUUAGAGCCGGUUGGAACUGGUUAGAGCCAAUUUGAGCUGAUUAGAGCUAGUUAGAGCCGAUUAGAGCUAGUUAGAGCCGGUUGGAACUGGUUAGAGCCGAUUAGAGCUGAUUAGAGCUAGUUAGAGCCGAUUAGAGCUAGUUAGAGCCUGUUGGAACUGGUUAGAGCCGAUUAGAGCUAGUUAGAGCCGAUUAGAGCUAGUUAGAGCCGGUUGGAACUGGUUAGAGCCGAUUAGAGCUGAUUAGAGCUAGUUAGAGCCUGUUGGAGCUGCUGAAGGGGAUCAAACAGCGAGUGAGAAGAAAAACUAGAACAAAUUGAAUGUAAGGAGGACACAGCUAAUGCUUUUCCUCAUGCGACAGCAGAACAGACACCGACAAUCAGACUGACAUUUUGAAAAGUAUCAAAAAACAAAUUGAAGGUCAAACUGCCGCCAUUGAGGCCAAUAAUAAAUCAACAACAGAGCUUCUGCUGCAGCCUCAACCUGAAACUGGGAAAUUCAGCGCUGAGGCUCUGCUGGAGGAACCCGAGGGACACCGGACCCGACACCGGACCCGAGACCGGACCCGAGACCGGACCGGACCCGAGACCGGACCCGAGACCGGACCGGACCCGACACCGGACCCGAGACCGGACCCGACACCGGACCCGACACCGGACCCGAGACCGGACCUGGUGGAGAUCGGAAGGCCUGAGGAGAACCUUCAGGAAUCUGGGAUCCUCACUCGGAUCGGUCCUGUCUCCAUGGAUACGGUCCUGUCUCCAUGGAUACGGUCCUGUCUCCAUGGAUACUGUCCUGUCUCCAUGGAGAUCUGUUGACAGAUCGGAGCCGCCGUCGCUCCAACAACCGACCCAGAGCUUCAUGUUCGGUUCGGGAUGCGAACUGCAGGAUGAGGCCUGGAGGAAACAGAUGCUGAAGUUUGUAAGGAAAAGCAGAUCAGCUUGAAGGAGGACAGGAUGAAACCUGGAGGAAGGGUUCACCCUGACGACCUGCACCCUAACCCACCGCCAUGUUGCUUCCCCCCACUGGUAAUAAAGGGAGGCUUCUGGUGAGGAAUGCGGCUCUGCGGCCCAGAUGCUGCGCAGAGUCACGGCGGCGCGGUCAGGAACGUGUCACGUGACGUGAGCGGCGUCCCGGGAGCUGGACGUCUGGACAGCGUCCUGGGCAGCUCAUUACUCCCACCCUGCGGCUCGCCCGCCUCCAGAUGUGCAUCUGCAUCCCAGCUGGCCGCGCGGGCCGUCGAGAUGCAGGCCUUCCUGCCGCUGGGCUGCUGCGUCAUCGCGCUCACGCAGUGCUGCCUUGGCUCCGCCCACAUGAUCCCUGACGACAGGCUGUCCACCAAUCGGGUCGUUGCGUCCAACGCUCUGUCUCACAGCCUGCAGGUCGACCCGCCUCCUGUUGUUAUUGUGGAAUUGAACAAAUCCACCAGGAAGAAGGAAAAAGGAAGGAAGCAGAAAAAGAAUAAGUUUGCGAGGAAGCGGCCGCCUCCUCCGCCGGACUGCGUCCCGCUCUGGGGAAGCUGCAAAGCUCCCGGCAACGUUUGCUGCGACUUCUGCGCGUUCUGCCAGUGCCGGCUGUUUAAGACGGUGUGUUUGUGCCGGAUGGGGAACCCGCGCUGCUGAGCGGCUGCCGCUGCUUCAGGAAACCUCCUGCAGCGACUCGGUUUGUAACUUUGCCUAAAGUGAAGCACUUUAUGACGAGGUCGGAGCCGCGCCGAGCGAACGCAGCAGGCUUUUCGCACUGAUUCCCGUCUGGAUGGUACUUUAGCUAUCAACAUGUUUAUGGCACACGCAACAAUAAAAAACCUUCGUGGCCAAUCCA